AUGGCCCACCAAAAUUGUGGUCAAGAACCAUCAUCUACAGUGUCCCUCAUGCCUGGGUACUCCAGAAAUGAGACCAACUUAUCCAAAAAGUUGUCACGCAAUGUCUGUGAAAAAAUACGCCGAGAUAAGUUGAACUUUUUGAUACAAGAACUAGCUAAAGAGGUACCUAUUAUAGCUUCCUGUCAAAAGAAACUAGAUAAAUCAAGUAUUCUGAGACUUACAGUAGCUUAUUUAAAAAUUCAUUUUGGUAUUAAGAAGAUGAAAAUGGCUCAAGGAUCAUGGAAACCAGACACACUUAGCACCAAUAACUGGGGACAACUCUUACAAGAUGCAGUAGACGGAUUUUUGAUAGUGGUAUCAAAGAAAGGUACUAUUAUACUACUAACAGAAGCUAUCGGUCAUAUACUAGGUCAUAAUCAGUUUGAUUUUAUUGGUAAAGAUAUAGAAACUAUAAUUCAUCCCGAUGAUGUCAAGCUAUUUCAUGCUCAAUUUCUACCUCGACAUUAUUCUGGAACUUCUCCUGAUAGUGGAUCCAGUACCAGAUCAUUCUAUACCAGGUUUCUUAAUGUAAAUUAUCGUGAAAAUGCCUGCUAUACAAUGAUACAUAUCGUGGGGCAACUACAAGAGAUGUCAUUGUUGUCAAGAGAAGCUAAUACAGCAGGAACAAGUAAUGAUGUCUGGUUAAAUGGAGUAGGAAGAGUUCUUGAAAAUGAAGUUAUACAAAAUAUUUCAAUUCUUGAUGGUGGCAGAAAUGAAUGGAUUACCCAGCAUGCAAUGGACGGACAAAUUCUUUACACAGAUCCAAGGAGUUGUCAUGUGACAGGAAGUAUGCCUAGUGAAAAUUAUGGUACCUCAGUUUAUAUGCAUAUCAAUCCCGAAGACAUUUAUUUUGUGGGCAAAAGUCAUAAAAAGAUAUUGAGUGAAGGGGAAGUACCAAGUACUAUUUUUAGAUUACAAACAUUAGGAUCAGAUGAGCAAACUUUUGUUGAAUCACGAUCCUGCGUAGCUAGAGAUUCAUGGACACAUCAGCCAAAAUUUAUAGUUAGUUUGAAUACACAAUUGAGUGUUGAAGAAGGUACAAAGAAAUUGGAUAAACAACGAAAAGAAGAUACAGAUGAAGAAAUAACUAACACUGAGGAACUUAUGUCUGAAAUCAUCAAAGCGGCCAAUUCCCUGGCGGCCAAUUCCCCAGAAUUGAUGGAUCAGCCCUAUGGAUUUACCAGCCAUGGUGAUGUCAUUAAGGCCGUUGACAAUAGUGAUCCAUUAUCAGACAAAAAUUCAUCUGUAGACGAUGGUUACUCAAAUCAUCGGAAAAGGAGGUUGGAUGAGACUCCAAAUGGCAAUUUACAUCAAAAGGAUGCUUGUAUAUCAGGAUUGGACUCCUACCCAGAUCUCAAUGGAAUAGAACUCUCUAUGAUUGGUUCAUCCAGUAACCAUGGCAGUGGAAGCUCAGAAGAGUUCAUGGACACCACAGGAUUGGCUGAUGAUGAUGAUAGAAAAGAGUAUCCUUCUUCUAAUGAGAGUUCCAAUGAAGGGGCGACAACUCCUCAUGAAACUCAAAAGGAUAGCAGACAGGAGACAUCAAUUUUAUCUGAUAUCCUCCAUGGAAAAGGGAGUUUGCAUCAUCCUCAAAAUUCCUUUCAUUCAUAUCCAAAUCUACCUCAUCAAGACUCAUCAAAUCCAGAAAUUUCUCGGACACCACAUUCAGUAUCAUCUGGUUUACCACACUACAGUAAUUGUUCUUCUCCAUCAUCAUCGGCAGGUAGUCAGAAUUUUGAUGAAUUUACUGUAUUUGCUGAUCAACUACAGAGAAAACAUCUAGAAAUUGGUGAAAGUUUAAAUUUUCAGUUAGAAGAAAUCAGUCGUAUUGAAGAUAUCAUAGCUCAUUCUUUACAUCAUAAAGAUACAGCUCAACAUCAAAAACUACAGGGAAAAUUAGCUUUGAUCAAGGGUCAACAAAGUCAGAUGGAAUCAGAAUUAUUAAAGUUAAAGAAAGAUGUUUCCAUGACAGUUCAGCAUUUACCACACAAUAAUGAGGACAUCCUAUCUUCUGGAGGGAGUCCACCAGGUUACUCAUCUUUACCACCAGCUCAGGUUCCAUCUGGAACCGAUCUAACUUUUAACUCAGGGAACAACUAUGAAUAUAUGUCCAAUGAUCCUCUUCAUACAGGUCGUGACAGGCAUAACAGUGGUCAUGAAGCUUUUGGCAAUCAUUACAGGAAUGAUCAUUCCCAAGUGAACAGCCAUCCUCAAGGUUCCGAUUUUAAUGGUUAUGACGUAGGCAGCAAUGCACCAUUUGUGCGGAAUCAUCAUGCGACAAGUAGGGGUAGUUGCACAACAAAUGUCCAAAAUGGUCAUGCUCAAAAUUUUCAGCCUUAUGGAUCAAAUUCGGAUGGAAGGACCUCAGUGACAAAUCCCAGAGACAGCGUGAAAUUUGUAUGUGAUGGUUACAAAAAUCUGUCUUCUGUGGAUCGAAUCAGCAGAAUUAAAACAGCCUUAGGAAGAAUUCCAGUUCCAAAAAUGUUUUAUCCUCCUGCCAAUUACUCCCCUGAAAAUAUAGUUUGA